CCGACGCGCGAUUAGUUGGACUACGUAUUCUCGAGAAUCGAUAGUAUUCCAGAAGAAGAGAUGACUACUAGAGUGGCGGAAGAGAAGAGAUACCCGAAUACCGUGGUGCACGACACAGCGAACUAGUUGACGAAGAGAGUAAAUUAAAAUUUAAUUAUCUUACCGCACGUCAUUAAAGAUGAAGAUCUCCGCGAUCAGCGCGGAUUCAUUUUGUCAUGCGCUUUGAAGAUGGCACACUGGAACCAGGAUGCUGCUUACGCAUUGGCGAGCUACAAAAUUUUAGCGUGGCCCUUGGGUGCUUGGCCAAUUGACGAUGACACGUUUUACUCGAAGAUGCGUUGGUUAUUCGCGAUGAUCAGCGAGCUCCUGCUGGUGACAUCGCUCGCGACGGAGAUCUGUCUCUCCUGUGAGAACUCUUACGAGGAUCCCAUCGACACGUACGUAGUGAUCUCGAGCGCGAUACUCGUGCUCGUGAAACUCUCCCUGCUGCGAAUGCGGCGAUCCACACUCUCGAUCAAUCUAUCCUGCGCCAUUCAGGACUGGUCGGACGUUAAGGAUCCGAUAUCGCGCGAGAUCAUGAUGCAGCACGCGCGCAUAGCGCGAACAAUCUCGCUCUCGUUGUUUUACUGCGGUUUCUUCGCCUUUAUGCUCUACAUGUUACGACUAUUGCCCUUUUUAAACGCGACCGGCCAGAGAAUGUAUUACCUUCCAACGUCUUGCCUCCUGAAGUCCGUCUCGAACGUCGAGUACGUCGUCGUUACGUUCUAUCAGGUGAUCCAGUUGUUCAUCACUUAUGCCGGAAACUGUUGCACGGAGGGGAUUUUUGUCGGUAUCACGUUGCAUCUGUGCGGUCAGUUAGAGCUUCUGAUGAUCAACUUCCGGCGGAUCGAUCAAUGCAAAUGCAAGGGAGACAACAUCGUCGCGAAACUUGUUGUUCGACAUCGACACCUGUUAAGACUCACGGAGACUAUCGAGGACUCUUACAAUGUGAUCAUUUUGACACAGAUCUUUACCAGCGCGAUUUUGAUAUGUAUAACCGGUAAGUUCACGAGUCUCUUUUUCACGGAAUUUAGUAUAGUAGUGAUGAUCGUCAUGUUGCUGCAAUCCUUUCUAUAUUCGUACGCGGGCGAUAAUUUGAGAGAUCAGAGCGAGGCCCUGUCAUUCGCCGUUUAUAACAGCAACUGGUGCGAUUUUCCGUCCAGCGAUAUAAGAGAUCUGGCGUUCAUAAUGAUAAAAACGAACAUACCGAUUCGUCUGACCGCCGGAAAGUUCUUCUAUGUCACACGUGCCACUUUCACCGAUAUCCUGAAGACUUCAGUAUCUUAUUUGUCUGCCUUGCGCGUUAUGCUUGAAAAACAAACAACAAAUAGUUAUUGACAAAUAUGUUUCUUAUAUUACAUCUUAUUUGUGAUAAAAUUUUAGGUAAAUUACACUCGUGACUACAAUACAUAA